AUGCUUUCCCGCUACGCAAACGCUGACGAAAGUGCAAUCGUUGAAAUAGCCAACGAGCCAGCCAGUAGUGUAUCAUUUUUUACCCCGAAGCAAGACCCGCCCGCCGGCACAGCUGUCUCGCCGGCGCCGAAUGACCCAAAUUUGCCCAAGCUCUUUGCUCCUUUGCUCAUCAGAGGUCUCAAGCUUCAAAACCGCAUUCUGCUCUCUCCCCUCUGCCAAUAUUCGGCUGCGGAUGGACACCUUAACGACUGGCACUUUGCGCAUCUGGGCGGGAUCAUCUCACGUGGACCAGGUCUCUCCUUCGUGGAGGCUACUGCGGUCACUCCCAAUGGUCGAAUUACACCGGAGGACUCUGGCCUCUGGAAAGAUUCUCAGAUCGAACCAUUAAAGAGGAUCGUGGAGUUUGCUCACAGCCAGGGCCAGCUCGUUGGUAUUCAACUCGCACAUGCUGGACGCAAAGCAAGCACUGUUGCACCUUGGCUGAGCAUGGCUCGUGGUCCAGGGGCACCUUUGAAAUCGGUCAAUGGCUACGAGAAUGAGGGAUUUACACCACGGUACGGCUGGCCUGAUGAUGUAGCUGCCCCGAGCGCUAUCGCCUAUAAAGAAAAGAACAUCAUUCCUCGGGAGAUGUCUCACGGCGAGAUUCAAUCUUUCGUAGUGUCCUGGGGCGAAGCUGUGAAAAGAGCGGUUCGAGCCGGGUUUGAUGCCAUCGAGAUCCACGGCGCGCACGGAUAUCUUGUCCACGAAUUCCUGUCCCCAGUCUCAAACAAACGGACUGAUGAAUAUGGCGGAAGCUUCGAGAACCGAAUUCGGUUCGCGCUCCAGCUUGUUGAUGUUUCUCGGCAAAACAUGCCCGAGAAGAUGCCUCUUUUUUUCCGUGUCAGCGGCACGGAGUGGCUGGAACAUCUGCAAAAUGAGCCUAGCUGGGACGUCACCUCAACCAUUCAACUUGCGGAGAUCUUGGCGAGCCGCGGUGUGGAUGUCCUCGAUGUUUCCAGCGGAGGUAACGAUCCCAGACAGAAAAUAAUUGGCGGACCAGGAUAUCAAGCCCCCGCCGCUCUCCAAGUUAAGAAGAAAUUGGGCGACCGUCUUCUUGUGGGAACAGUCGGAGCAAUUACUUCCGGUCCCCAGGCCAAUAACCUCUUGAAGGAUGGCCUUGAUAUGGUUUUUGUUGGACGGAUGUUCCAGAAGAACCCCGGACUGGUCUGGACCUUUGCGGAUGACCUCGAUGUUGAUAUGAAGUCAGCCAAUCAGAUCCACUGGGGCUUCGCUGGACGUCGUCGGAAGUGA